AACAAGGUGGAAAUGAACAAGGUGGAAAUAAACAAGGUGGAAAUGAACAAGGUGGAAAUGAACAAGGGGGAAAUCAACAAGGUGGAAAUCAACAAGGUGGAAAUCAACAAGGUGGAAAUCAACAAGGUGGAAAUGAACAAGGAGGAAAUCAAUCAGGUGGAAAACAACAAGGUGGAAAACAACAAGGUGGAAAACAACAAGGGGGAAAUCAACAAGGUGGAAAACAACAAGGUGGAAAUCAACAAGGUGGAAAACAACAAGGUGGAAAUCAAUCAGGUGGAAAACAACAAGGUGGAAAACAACAAGGGGGAAAUCAACAAGGUGGAAAACAACAAGGUGGAAAUGAACAAGGGGGAAAUCAACAAGGUGGAAAUCAACAAGGUGGAAGUCAACAAGGUGGAAAUAAACAAGGGGAAAAUCAAUCAGGUGGAAAACAACAAGGUGGAAAUGAACAAGGGGGAAAUCAACAAGGUGGAAAUCAACAAGGUGGAAAUCAACAAGGUGGAAAUCAACAAGGUGGAAAUCAACAAGGUGGAAAUGAACAAGGGGGAAAUCAACAAGGUGUAAAUCAACCAGGUAGAAAACAACAAGGUGGAAAUGUUCAAGGGGGAAAUCAACAAGGUGGAAAUCAACAGGGUGGAAAUCAACAGGGUGGAAAUCAACAGGGUGGAAAUCAACCAGGUGGAAAACAACAAGGUGGAAAUCAACAAGGGGGAAAUCAACAAGGUGGAAAUCAACAAGGUGGAAAUCAACAAGGUGGAAAUCAACAAGGUGGAAAUGAACAAGGGGGAAAUCAACAAGGUGGAAAUCAACCAGGUGGAAAACAACGAGGUGGAAAUCAACAAGGUGGAAAUCAACCAGGUGGAAAACAACAAGGUGGAAAACAACAAGGUGGAAAUCAACAAGGUGGAAAUCAACCAGGAAAUGGAAAUCAACCGGGGGGCUCAGGUUCUGGUAUUGUUUGCCAUCCUGAUACAAGCAGCCAGCCAGGCUCCGCACAAAAGCAAGCUAGUGCUAUUAACUUAGUCAUUUACGAAAAACGCAUCUUGAAAUAUUUAGAAAGGUACUUAAAACAAAAGAAAAAGCUACCUGCAUGGAUCGCAUAUUACAGUCCUUUAGCUAGAGGUCACAGAGGCGGUCAUAACAAACAUAAGUCACUCUAUCCUAAGCUCUGUCUUUGCAAAAAUCAAAGUCAAAGGGAUACCGUCAUUUUUCCGAUAUUGUCAAACUAAUGGCGAACUCCCAAGGUCAAGACAGCGAAGAAAAGUGUAGUUUAUAAAUAGUUUUUUCAUUUUGAGGUGGAGGGUAGUUUUUAGGGAAGCUUUGAUCCAACGAACUUGGCAAUGAAAAUGGACUUCGAGAUUUUUAGAAACUGUUGUAUUUUUCAAUUUUAAAUUGGUGGUGGGAUUAUUCAAUUAAAUAUAUUAUUGAGCAAGCA